AUGGAAGCGAAAUUUAGUAUCGAGGCGGAAGCGCAUGUGACUUUACUCCGCUCCUUGCCAAUCAAACGUGAUGGUCAUUUUAAAGUGGUGAUUUGGGACAAGACAAUUGGUGAGGCUUAUUGUGGUGACCCUUACGCAUUGGUUCCAAAUUAUUCAAGCUCAUAUUGUAUCGAUGCUUCAAAAAAAACCAAGCAAGAGAAUAAACAAGCUGCAGAAGAAAGAUCGGCAAUGCUGAGCGCAGUCGAAGUCGUCUCCGCCCUCAGACGGGGCGAUAGCAAUGGCAAUAGUGGGAUGAAAGAACAACCUCCUAUCGGUGUCGUCAUGCUCGGUUACGUGAUCUGA